AUAACAUAACCAGUAAUUAACUUAAUUGUUGAUGGAUUUUUUUUUCUCAAUCAUCCCCAUGAAAUUGUAUUACAAUCAAAAUCAAUUGUCUCUUAAUUGUUGCAAUUGUAAACUGAUUUUUUGUCACAAAUAGUAAACACAUUCACUUUACUAAAUCAAUUUUUUGCUUAAUCAAAUUAAAGUUUAUUUUUGAUUGUGAUUAAACUUUUUGAACAGUUAAUUGUUGAUCUGAGCUUCUGGGUUAACAAUUUAACAAACAUUGAAAGUUUUUUCAAAGUAACCAAAUCAAAAUUAGUUAAUGAUUUUCAAUAACUGUUUCCGAGUUGAACAUUUUUUUCUUGUAAUUAUUUAAUCACUCAAACAAUUUGUGGACAAUUUAAUUAGAUAGUAUUUCCAAUUAAAUUGAUCUGUACUAAACUGGACGGAAAAUCAGGUAUAUAAAUUGUCGCGAAUUGAUUAAAAUUAUCAGUAGUCAGUUGAUCAACAAUCAACUAACAACAACAUCCGAUUUAUUAGUUAAACAUCAACAACAAUAAUCUAAUCCAAUAGUAAACUGAAUUGUACAAUUGAACAAUCAGUUAAAUCAAUCAACGAAAAUGAAGUUUAUUAGUUUAUUAACUGUUUUAAUUGUUGUUAUCCAGGUAACAAUCAGUUCGGGUAAUCCAUUGACCGAUUUGGUUAAUGCAAUUGUCCCGAGUACUAAAUCAGCUGUUGAAAAGCAAGCAGAGGAAUCGAUUGGUAAAGUAGCAAUAAUCAGACCUCUUGAUGGUUGGGGUCAUCAUGGUCAUGACCACGGUUGGGGUCAUCAUGAGGCUCAUCAUGGUUGCCACAAGAAAGAGGUAACUCAUCAUCAUCACCAUCAUCAUAAACACGCUCCCGUUGAGGCUCAUCAUCACCAUAAACAUGGACACAAACAUGGACACGACCAUAAACAUGGACAUGGUCACAAACAUGGACACAAACAUGACCAUAAACAUGACCAUGGACACAAACAUGAUCACGGACAUAAACACGAUGCUUGGCAUAAGCAUGACCAUGGACAUAAACACGGUCACAAACACGAUCAUGGACACAAACAUGACCAUUGGGAGAAACACGAUCACAAACAUGGACACAAACACGGUCAUGACCACAAACAUGGACACAAACACGAUCAUUGGCAUAAGCAAGACCACAAACACGGACACGACCACAAACAUGGCCACAAACAUGACCACAGCCAUAAACAUGGACAUGAUCAUAAACACGGUCACAAAAAUGACCACUGGCAUCAUCAUGGACACAAACACGAACACGGUUGGCAUGAUCAUGGUCACCAUGGACACCACGAUGGACACCAUGGUUGGGGUCACGAUCACGGACACAAAGGUCAUGAUCACGGACAUGGACAUGGACAUGGACACCACGGUUGGCAUGAUAUCCACAAGAAGGAUGGAUCCAUUUCCAUUGCUUCCUCUUCCCCUGUUGCUGCUUCUGGUUCAAGUGACUCAAGUUCCUAUGGGUCACCCGGUUACAGUGUAAUCGAUUCAAAAGGAUUUACCUCAUCUCUCAAAAAUGACGAUAAAACAAUCAAGAUGAUUGCUGAAUUUGACAAAGAAUUUUAUUCCAAAGCAAAAUGAAUCAACUCCAACAAUCAACACACUCACUCACUCGAUACUCGCACUCGAACCUGUGAUAAUUAGUCAACUAAUCAAUCAAUCAAUCAACCAAAACCGAUCAAUCCCUGUAAUCAAACAUCAAAUUGAUUAUUUAUUUUCUGUAAAUUGUCAUAUUGUAAAUUCAAUCUAAUUGUAUAUCUAAUAUUAUAAAUACCCAAAGAGAAUCACAACUUUCAUCAACUAAA